AAAAAAGUUGCACAGCGGAACUAACAGUUUGGAAAAAGAAUAUUCUUUUUUGUUUAAACACACAUGUAAUCGGAAAUAAUAAUUCCUUGAAUUGUUCCUUAUAAGGACGAAACAUGUCUAAUUCAAAGUUCAAACUAACCGGAGAGAACACUAACCUGGCCCGUGUGGCCCAAAUGAUACUGGGUCCAUGCACAAACGUACUACGUGAUGUUCUUGGGAAGGAAAUCCACCCGGCCGAUCUGGAGAAAAAAGUCAGAGGUUAUAUUGUUAAUACAAAGAAACCUCAGAUCAACAAACAACAAGAGGCACUUGUCUACGGUCACGAUUACUCAAAAUUCGAUGUUACAUUAAUGUACUUUCUAUUACGGAAUAUGUGCUCGAUUCAACCACAUUCAAACAAAUGGGGAAACAACCCACAUCCCGGAGAUAGAAGUGUGUCAGCAAACAUUGAACGGAUUCGACUGAUAAGAAAUGAAUAUGGACAUAAUUCAGAAACAUCUAUGUCCGAUACGGACUUUAACAAUAAAUACCAAGGUAUUAUAGACAUUGUUCAAGAGUUGGAGAACUACUUAGGUAGUUCCACUGAAUACCAGGACGAGGUGAAGGAACUUGAAACUUGUCCAAUGGAUCCAACUCAAAGCGAGAAAAAUAUAAAGGAGUUACUUGACCUCCAUGAAAAAAUCAAAGAUAUUGCAGCAGAUGUCAAAGAAAUGAAGAACACAGUUGUCCCUCGGAAUAUAAAGGCUAUGUAUGAAAUAGACAUUUCUAAUUGGAAAGUGGAUGUCACGUUCUUUGUGGAGACUCAUAGCUUUCAGGCAAUGCUAGAUGCAGUUAGGAAACAGUCGUAUGUAACGUUUGUUGGUGUCCCUGGCUCAGGAAAGACAUUUACUGCCCGUCACAUCGCCCUAACACUGCAGGAGGAGGAAGGGUAUGAUAUCUUGCCGAUAAAAGACAUAAAGGACAUAGAGACGUUCUGUGAUCCACAUUAUCCACAGGUGUUUAUUGUUGAUGAUGCUGUAGGUGUGUUUGGGUUUGACAUGGGCGAAUUAAACAAAUUAAAUAGGUAUAAAGAUAGACUUAUUAAACCUACAAUAGAAAAAACAAAGAUUCUUAUGACAUGUCGGGAAACAGUUUUUAGACAUGAUGCUUUGUCAGAUAUUUUUUUGUCGAAAAAGGAAAACGUAAUUAUGUUACAUAGUGAUGAAUACGCUUUAAACGAUGAAGACAAAUACAAAUUACUUUUUAAAUACAGUUUGGAUAAGGAUUUGUUACCUCAGUAUCAUUUAUCUCACACGUCUAGCAUGUUUCCAUACAUAUGUAAAAUGGUUUCAAAAAAAGAAGAAUGGAGAAGUAAAGGAUCAAAGUUCUUCAUAACACCAGUCCCGUGCAUAUUGGAGAUACUAAGCGAUAUGAGAGUAAGAAACAGAAUUCAAUACUCUGUUUUAGUUUUACUGAUGAUCAAUGAAAAUAAAUUGUCAGAAAAAGAUUUCGACAACGAAGACAGACAUUUCAAUGAAAAGAAGCGUGAAGUUCUUAAGAUGUGUAAAGUAAGUACUACAACAGACUGUUUUGAAUUUACUAGUGCUUUGAAUGAAAUGGAAGGCACCUUCACACAGAAAUGCGCUGAUAAGUUUACAUUUGGUCACGACUCCAUGUUUGAAAUAGUUGCACAUCAUUUUGGGAGUCAAUUUCCACAGCUUAUUUUACAACACCUGAGUAGUGCAUACAUUGCUAAUUAUAUAAAACUGGAUGACUGCAAAAGGAAAAGAGAAAGUGAAAGCCAGGCUCAAGAGACAGAUAAUGAUAUUGCUCAUAGCAAUACAAUUGUUGGAGAAGAUAGUAAUUUCGAUUUAUUUAUAAGAUUACAGGAGUGUCAUCAUCCAUAUUUUGCUGAAAGAUUGUUUCAAGAUGUAGAGAAUGGAGGUUUGCUCAGUGUGUUUAUGAAUGAAGAUUUAAAACGCCCCCUCGUGCUUCAAAGAUUUUUAGCCGUGAUGAAGAGCAAAUCUUAUGAUGAUUUGAAAUCCGUAUUUCUUUUAAAGACAAAAAAUAAAGAAAGAAUUUCCUAUGACUUUGACUUCAAGAAUUUAUUUGGAAUUUUUCUAAUUGACGUUAGAGGUCUUUUAACUGAAAAUAUAUGUCAAAAAUGUAACCACUCUUUAGUAAGAGGAAUUUCCUUUGUUAUCUUGAAUGGACACAGCGAAAUCUUGCAGUUCGUAAUAAAACAGAUUAUCGAUAAUAAAGGAAAUACCGAUGAACUUUUUCAUUCAGAAGUUCACGAGGACAAAGAUAGCAUAGAUUAUGCAUUAUUGAAUGCUUAUUGUGAUAAUGUUACAGAAUUCUUUUUCAAUGGUAAAAAGAUGAAGAGACACAAUGUGUUAAAUAAUGAAACGGACACCGAGUCGGUGAUACUCGAACAACUUCGCCUGAUUCUUCUUGGUUGCUGUUCUGGUGAUAGGUUAACUAUCCAAACAUUACUCAAGUACGUUGACAAAAAUAUUCUUGACACGUCAAAUGAAUUUAGAGAAAAACAAACUUAUAAUUUUAUAAAAAGGCCAAUACUCUUUGCUUGUGAAAAUGGACUUUUGAUGAUCGCAAAAGAAUUACUGAAUGCAAGCUCUUCUGUAAACAUGGACGAUAAAUUCGGUACUCCACUGACCGUUGCGUGCAAUUAUAAGUAUUUAGAUAUUGUGAAGCUUUUAAUCGAACGUGGAGCUGAUGUGAACCAAAUAUGUGGUUCCGAUUCACCAUUGAUGGCUGCAUGCAGAAAUAUGAACAGAAAUGAUAGUGAACGAUUGAAAUUAAUUGAAUAUUUAAUAAAACAUGGAGCUGAUGUUAAUAAAAAAAUUGGAUGUAAAUAUCCCGACACGCCACUAGACACCACUGAAUUUGAUGUUGCCAUGUUGCUGUUGUUCAACGGUGGGAGCAUUGUGUUCGAUAUGGAAAAGGAAUUGAUAAUUGCAUGUCGUAAUGGAUGGACUGAUGAUGUGGUGGAAUUAAUAAACGAAAAUGUGGAUGUGAAUGCAAAGGAAUUCGGUGAUCGAUACAGAAAAAAAUUUGAAUGCGUUAGACAUGGAUGCAUAUUUUCAAGACCUGUAAUUGAGGCAUGUAAAGAGGGACAUCUGAAAAUUGUUAAAUUGUUGCUUAGAUAUGGGGCUGAUGUUAAUCUUGAAGAUAUUACACCUGAUUCUGGCUAUAAAUCUCCACUGCAUGCUGCAUGUGAAGGUGGCCAUUUAGAUAUCGUUCGUGAGUUAUUACAAACUAUUGUCAUUAAAUAUGAGGACUUGGAAGAUUUCUUUACUAUUGCCUGUAACAAAGGUCAUGAAAGUGUUGUUUUUGUGCUGUUAGAAGAAAUAAAAAAAUAUGUUGCAGUCAAUGCUAAUAUUAAUUACAGUCUGGACUUGUUCGAACAUGCAAUUCGUCGUUUAAAUGUUGUAGAAGAAUUGUUAAAAUUAGACAUCAUAUUUCAAAAAACUAAAGCAUUUGUUUAUAUUAAACAUGCUUUCCGUUUUAAUGAAUUAAGCGUUGUGAAAAAGAUCAUUGAAAAGACAACACAUUGCAUAUGCAACGUAAAAUGCACACCACUUUUAACUGCAUGUGAAAAUGGAAAUACGAGUGAAGUGUCACAUUUACUGGAAGCGACUUCUAAUGUCAAUGAACAAGGUGUCUUUGAAACUCCAUUGACGGUGGCUUGUAGACAUGGACACGCUGCAAUAGUUAAGAUGUUGUUAAAAAUGAAUGCUGAUGUCAAUCUCUCUGAUUGCGUCGGUACACCUCUCACAGCUGCCUGUAGACAUGGUCAUUUAAUUGUUGUUGAGUUGUUAAUAAAAGCUGGUGCUGAUGUAGAUAAGUUUAGCCAGUAUGACAGCCCACUUACUGCAGCGUGUAGACAAAACCAUUUAAGGAUAGUGAAAACGCUGCUAGAGGCUGGAGCUAAAAUAGAUCAACGCGAUUAUUAUUGUACACCGCUUGCAGCUGCAAUUGAAUGUGGAAAUGGUAAUGUCGUUGAAGAAUUGAUACAAAUGGGUGCUGACAUACACUUAAAAAUGAACAAUAAAACUCCACUCACUGCUGCAUGCGAAUAUGGAUUUGCAGAUGUAGUCAAAAAUAUCAUAAAGGGCAGAGGUGGACUGACUGUAAGCGAACCUAAUCAAAAUUUGCCUUUUCAUGAUAAUCUAUUUAGAACUAGAUGCGAAAACGGACUAUCAAAUUUUCUUGAUGGGAUGAUGAAUAUGGCUAAUUAUUUUAGAGAUUGUGCGGGAUGCCAGUUAACAAUAGCGUGUAGAAAAGGAGAUUUGAGUGUCGUCAAAACGUUAAUACAGUCAGGAGCCGAUGUCAAUGCAGCAGAUAUAAUGUUUCAUUCUCCAUUAGCAGCUGCAUGUCAAAAUGGACAUUUGCGUGUUGUCCAAGAGUUGAUAAAAGCUGGAAAUUAUGUCGAUAAUCCAAAAGAGUUGUGUCUGCCAUUGAAUGUUGCAUGUAAACAUGGACAUCUGGAUGUUGUUUUUGAAUUGAUUAAGUCCAAACCUGAAAUAAAUAUGCAAUCUGAGAAAUCUACACCACUUAUCGAGGCAUGUGCGAAUGGUCAUUUGAAUGUAGUAGUAGAAUUAUUAAAGGUGGGUGCUGCUGUUAAUCAAGACGGUGGAGCUAAAACACCACUUAUUGCCGCAUGUAAAAAUGGAUGCACCGAUUUAGUUCGAGAAUUGCUGAAUGCAGGUGCUAAGAUUGAUACGCAAAUUGAAAAUACAACACCAUUUUUGACUGCAUGUGCAUUUGGAUCGACGCGAGUUGUAAGGGAGUUGAUAAACGCGGGAGCGAAUGUUAAUCAACGUAUUGGAAACAGAACACCUUUAAUAAAUGCAUUUUUUGUUAACAACAAUAACCGCAUAUGUAAAGAGUUGUUAAACGUGAUGCUGUGUCGGUCUAGAAGAACAUAGGUGAAACAAUAACAGUUCAUGAUGGCAAUGCAUCUAUGAUAAAACACUGGAUGAAUCAUUAAUGGUGUUUAAUAAAACACUGGUAACAAAAUGGCACAUUGAUCAAAGUUUUGUGUUUUUAUUUUUUUAUAAAUAAUUUUAAAAGAUUACUGAUACCAUUAAAUCGAAUAUCAUCUUGUUUAAAAUUCCGAAUUUUUUUAACGAUUUGCUUAGACGAAAUAUAAAAGCAUACCGAAGUGUUCAUGGCUCUAAGUAUAUGCACAUCAAGUACCUACGUUUUAUAUUACAUUAAUUUUGAGAUGUUUUUGCUCCUGGGGUAUGGUUUAGGCUGAAAAAAUAAAGCUUACAUUGGUGUGCCUAUAUGAGAUCCCCGUACCUACAGAUCUAUGUAUGGGCUGUGAUAAUUAUGUAGUGAACAGUUCAGAUAUACAUUAUAAUUUCGUGGUUUUUUUAUGAUUCAAAUAUACAAAGAAUCAAUAUAUGUAUAGUAGUAUUGUUUUAUUAAUGCUUUUUUGUAUGUAUUGUAUUGUAUUAUGUAAGAGACAAAUAUUUUAAUAAUGGUUUUUCACAUGCAAUAAUUUUGAGAGUUUCAUCGAAGAUAUAUAAUAUUGUACAUUCGAUUAGAUUUUUCUGCUCGCAUGAAAUUCAAAUUAUUUUGCCUGGCUUGUUUAUUAUACAUAUACGACUUCAUAAUUGCAAACCGCAAUUUUUAUGUCGAUGUCAACAAUUUCGUCAAAAUAUGUUCCUCAAAUAUGCUGCUAUUUUUUAAAAAAAAUCUUCCGAUGAUUGCUUGAAAAUAAAUACUGUUUCAAUUGUUUUACUACUUGUUUUCAUUGAUCUUUUACGGAUUUAAAAUCAUACAAGACAAUAUUUUGGAAUUCACCCAUUUGAAGAAAACCCCUUUUUAAUUAAAUCAUUUAAUUUUAACUUUCUUUAUUUUUAGUGUAUUCUGGUGUUUCUGGAUAAAUUAUUGAAAGACCUUGUGGAAAAUAAUUAGAUAACUGUGUCUGUUUGGUUUGUUUUUUUUCCUUGGUUAAUUACAAAACUGCCAAUAAUGAUAACUGAACACAAUUUUAUGUGUAGCAGAGAUUUUGGCGUCAUAUUUAAAAUAUUGACCACUGUUACCUCAGAAUGAAACUGCAUACCAUACCACUUUUGACAUUAAAACAUGUUUAUUUCAGUUCCUCUCUUAUUGAUUUUCUCACAUUUAAUCCAUUUUAUUAUAAGUACGAGUACUAGGAAAGUUUUACGUUGAAAAAAUGAAUUUUGUUUUUUAAACACAUUAUCUUAUGAUAAAAAAACCUUAUACGUUUGCA